GGGAGAGAGCGCGAUUACCACCGCAGUUUCCCUCCUCUCGCUCCCGCAGAGAAGCUAGGUUUCCAACGAUACUUCGCACCCAAAACUUCGGCACCAACGAUACUCCGCACUCCCCCCUGCCGCCGGGAUGACAGAGGACGUGCAGAUGGGCGAGACUCAGGCGGCCCCUCCCCCCGCCGCCGCCGUGGCGGCGCCGGCCCCCUCCACCCUCCAACAUCUUAAGGAGAUCGCCGCGGUGAUCGAGGCGGGGUCGCUCUCGAAGGAGGUACGCCGGAUCUCCCGCGCCGUCCGCCGCACCGUCGCCCUACGCCGCCGCCUCGCCGCCCGCGACGUCUCGGCCUUCCUCGCCUUCGCCCUCCCGGCCUCCAGCGACGCGUACUCCCGCCUCACCCCCCUCCUCCCCAAGGUAAAGUUCUGAGCAACCAGAGUUUUGCCAUGACCCACGACUUGGUCUUCCACUGCAGUUCCACUUACUCUCACUGCCUCCAUAUGGUUGUUGCCGUGCGUAAUUCACAGUUUCAUGUUAGCUCUGGUGGUUAUCCUAUAAAAAGUCAGAGUUCCGUCUUAGUUUUAUUUUGCGUAUGCGACGGACACAUACUUGUGUGGUGUGUGUACUGGUCAGGGAUUCAGGGUACCAAAACCAUUCUGUAACUCGGUUUCCUAUUUUGUACUGAGCUGCGAGGGCUACGUCGGGCACUACAUGAUCGGCAGCCACUUCCGCCGCGACUCCAAGGUCGUCAUCGACCAGGCCCUCGCCUACGUCGACUCCCUCAAGCUCUCCGGCAACGGCAAGGAGGUCUGGGUCUUCGACAUCAACGAGACCACCCUCUCCAACCUCCCCUACUACGCCAAGCACGGCUUCGGGAGUGGUCAGGGUUAGCUCGCUUAUUCUGGUCAAGUGAGGAAGCAGGAGUAGCAAAUUAUGGAGGCAACAACGGACGUACCAUGAUGGUUGAUUUGUACUAUGAUAUUACUAGCUUGGCUUGUGAAUAAUGCAGAAGAUGUGUAUGACCUGCUUCAGCUGCUGCAAUCAAUGUAUCAUCAUCUUUUUUAUGCUUAGACGCACUCGGGUCUCGAGAAGACCAAAAUCUGACAAGGGAAGUUCAGAGGCAGGCACCGUGCAAGAUGAGCCUGAAACAUUUCUCGUAUCUUUGCUCCAUGGUGUGUGUUAGUUGUGGUUAAUUUGAUCUGUAUUUAAGCUAUCUACCUGAUGUCAUAAACUGCAUGUACUACUGAACCUGCUACUGCUUACAUUGCUUUAUGAUUUCAUACUAUCUAUGUGGUAUACAUUUUUCGUA